UAGAUUUAAAUUCGACAAGAAAAAAAAUCCCUCACAUUUGACACGUAUUGUAUUUUAUUUUAAAUAUACCCAGAAUUUCUUUGCCAAAAUGUGGGAGCAGCUGGCGCAAUAUCGCAAUCACUUCUUGCAGCAUGAGAUCAAGGAUGUGCUGAAACCGACUUCGAUCAACAGCCAGCAGAACAAGGAGUGGGCUCUGUACAUGGAUAAACGCAAUAUCUGCAAGUGCGUGCCAUACUGCUGCACUUCCACCUCCACUCACCUGGAGGAUCGGGCCCAAUUGGCCUACGGAUGGUUUGCACUGCCCAAAUUGCUGAAGGAACUGGAUAGUGAUGUUCGCCUGACCCACUGGAAGGCAGUCGUUUCGCUGACUGAGUUUCUUCUGAACCCUCUGAAUGCCCAGAGAGCCAUUACUGAAAUGGACAUUGUGCGAAAGUUGAAAAAUGCCUUUAUGCGUAUGAGAUUGAAGCUUCACAAGGAGGAACAUCGGGAGGGGGAAAUGUAUCUGAAGAUUUAUAACAUACUGUCCCGGAAUUACGAUGGAGCUGAGAAUAUUGCCAACCGCAAGUGUCUGAGGAUCGAGUUUUAUAAAAUAAUUCAUGAGCAAGAGAACAUUAAAGAUGAUCUAGCUUCAGAGAUUCUGCGUAACUUGACAGGAAAACCAAAGGUUCUGGGAAUUUACCUGGAGGAUCCUGAGAAUUUCUCUGCCCUGGCUGGCAUUUUCAAGCAGGAUCCCUGCCGCCCGCACUAUCCCCAAGACUUGUGGCACCAUCUAUGUCACCUGCUUGAAGUGGCGCCCGAGCAGGGAAUCGAGUUGGGUUUUUUCGAGCUGCUCCACUCGAGGAUCCUGAACCGCCUGUCCAACUUUUGGGACAUGGCCACCAAGGCGUUUGCCCUGCUUCUCUGCUGUGUAGAGGGUCAGCGGAGAUUCGAUGCGGUGGACGGGGUGAAGCUACUGUACGAUGUAUUUGCCCAAGCCGAAGAAAACCCAAGGAAGUUGCUUCCCCGCCAGAAAGUGGAGAACUGGGAAUAUACAGUAUUGGCCUUACUAAAUGGCCUCCACAGCAAAAAGGCCUUGUGGCGCAGCAGGGAGUUCACCCAACUGCCUUGCUACGUGGGUCGCCUCAUGGAGUCCACGGUGGACAAUCCCCGCCUGCAACUCUACUGCCUCAAGGUGUUCCGCGAACUGGGCGUGAUGCCCUGCAUCAAGCGCUAUAUCAUAGGCAAUUGGUUGGAGGACAUCUGCAAGUUGUUCUGCCUGGAUGCGGAGGCGGAAUGCGCCAGGGAUUCCCUGGUCGACUGGCUGCGUCGGGAUAUAGCCGAUAGCAGCUAACUACCUAUAGUAUUUACUUUCGUUUCAAACUGAUGUUUGCCACCCUUAAACAUAGCAUUUCCCCGCUUUCGAACCGCUCAGAUAAAUCCAAACCGUUUCAAAAACCACCCCUCAAGUUGUCCCAAAAAGAGAAAUUUAGGGGUAAACCCGGUUCAAAAAGUAAGCAACUGAAGAGAAAGCUUUCUCAACUACCGUCAGCUGUUAUCUUCGGUUGCAAAAUAAUGCAAAUUGUGGUAAAAAUGUAACACCGCUUAAGUCUAUGGUAUGUAAAUUACUCAAAAAUUAUGUUUAAUUUUGAGAAAACUCCAAAAUAAAUAGAUUUUUCU